AUGAAGAUUAUUUCGUGGAAUAUUAGAGGCUUGGGUGGGUUUGAGAAGAGGAAGGAGGUGCUUAAGUUGGUAGGGGAUUUGAAACCUUUCAUUAUUUGCCUUCAGGAGACUAAGUUGCAGUCCUGUGAUGUUUUCCUGUGCUCGACUCUCUGGGGCAGUUCAUCUCAUGCUUUUUCUUUUCGUCCUUCAGUUGGGGCAUCAGGGGGUCUUCUCACGUUAUGGGAUACUUCUGAGGUGGAAGUUUGGUCGACAGAGAGUCGUGAACACGUUUUAUGGUGUAGGGGUCGUUUUGUUAAGUCUGGUGAGGAGUUUUUACUAGCAAAUGUUUAUGCGCCAUGUGAUGAUGGGGCUAAGCAAGUUUUGUGGGAUUCUUUAUCGAUGCGGAUACAAGCGUCAUGGAGAGAGAUGGUGUGUGUCUGUGGGGAUUUUAACGCGGCUAGACACGUUGAUGAGCGACGAUCUGUUAGGGGGAGUCAGCGUAGUGUGGAUCAUAUUCCCUUUAAUCGUUUUAUUGAGGAUAACAAUUUAGUUGAUCUUCCUCUGGUCGGUCGCAAGUUUACGUGGUUCCGAGGGGAUGGUCUCUCGAUGAGCCGCCUGGAUAGGUUUUUACUUUCUGAGGAGUGGUGUUUGACUUGGCCCAAUUGUAAGCAGGUGGCCAGAUUGCGAGGGUUGUCUGAUCAUUGCCCUUUAGUCCUCUCUGCGAAUGAGGAAGAUUAG